AUGGCAGCGCUGAAGUUUUUCAGUGUGGCUGCUUUGUUAUCUGUACUAUGCGUCUUAGCCUCUUGCAAUGUUUCUGAUGUUUCACCAGUACGGUCAGAACGGAGCUUCACCAUCGAGAACAACCGUUUCGUGAAGGAUGGCAAGCCACUCCAGAUCAUUUCGGGGAGCAUUCACUACAACCGCAUCCAUCCAGCAUACUGGAAGGACCGCCUGCAGCGUGUGCAAGCAAUGGGCCUCAACACAAUCCAGCUGUAUGUGCCAUGGAAUUUCCACGAGCGUAGCCCGGGCACAUUCAAGUGGGAUGGCGAGGCGGACAUUGAAAGGUUCCUGGACAUCGCGCAAGAGCUGGGCCUGAAUGUGCUGCUGCGCCCUGGGCCCUACAUCUGCGGCGAGUGGGACUUUGGUGGCUUCCCCUGGUGGCUCGCCUCCUCCAAGGCGCGCGCCGAUUCGUACCAAAGGGGGAGUAACAUGAUUCACCAGACCUACAACUAUGUGGAGGGUGGGCGCACGAUGAAGCUGCGGGUGAAUGAUGCGGCGUAUCUGGGUCACGUGGACCGCUUCUGGAACGUGCUGCUGCCCAAGAUGGCACCCUACCUGUACCACCGCGGGGGCCCCAUUCUGAUGACUCAGGCGUGCUGCACACUCUUGCAAGACAUUAUUGAGAACGAGUACGGAUUCUGCGGGUUCAAUGACAAGGCGUACCUCCAACAUCUGGUGGACACUGCGCGGGCUUCCCUGGGCGACGAGGCUGUGCUGUUCACCACGGACCCCCCCAAUGUGGUCACCAUGGGGGGCCUCUAUGGAGAUGAUGUCAUCUCGGUGGUGGACUUUGGGCCGGGCACGGACGUCAACUGGGCUUUCACGGCGCAAUCGGUCAUGAACCCCUUUGGCAAAUCCCCGCCCUUCUGCAGCGAGUUCUACACGGGGUGGCUGUCGCACUGGGGUGAGGUGAUGGCCAACACGAGCGCGGGGUUCAUGCUGCAGACGCUGUCAGACAUCCUUAGCUACGCCAACGGCACCGGCUCCGUCAACUUCUACAUGGCCCACGGCGGAUCCAACUUCGGCUACUGGGCAGGUGCCAACAUUGCGGGCAGCAUCUACCAGCCGCACAUCACCAGCUAUGACUACGACUGCCCCAUCAGCGAAGCCGGCGGCAUCGGCCAGCCCGGCAUCGGCGGCGACAACAAGUUCAAGCUGAUCCGGGCCCUGAUUGAGAAGCACACGGGCGUGGCACCGCCAGAGCUGCCACCGCCGCCCGUAACGGAGGAUUACGGGACGGUGGAGCUGGCGGAAUCUGCCACGCUGCUGGACCAGCUGCUCGAGCUGUUCCCAGGGGACGGCAUCGCCUCUGACCGGCCGGACGUAAUGGAGGAAUACGGCCAAUCGGGCGGACUGAUAUUGUAUCGGACUGUAGUCAAUGCGACCUCGCUUCAGUCAAAUGCCGUGCUGGACAUCGGCGAGCCUGUGCGGGAUUAUGCCAGGGUGCUGCUGGAUGGGAAGAUUGUGGGAUUCUUCGAGCGCAGCAAUCCCAGGAAGCUUCCCCUGCCCAGCCUCUCCACCUCCAGCGGCGAGGUAACACUGGACAUUUUGGUGGAGGCGUUGGGGCGGGUGAACUUUGGCUGCGUCUGGGACUACAAGGGGCUUGUAUCCCCUGACGUCACCCUCAAUGGUGAGGUGCUGACUGGAUGGCACAUCUACCCACUCCAGCUGGAUGACCUCAGCAACAUCUCCUACAGCAGCAACCCAGUCAGCCAGCCGGGCGCGGCAUCGUUCAUAUUCGAAUCCGAAGGCACCGAGCUGCUCAGGACGCUUGCGCGGUUUGCAAUUGUGCCCGGCCGGGCAGCUGCCGGGCAGCUGCGCGCGCCCAGCGCCGCCGAGUCCGGCCCCAUUUUCUACAGGGGAACCUUCAGCGUCAAUGCAACAGAAACGGCGCCAGGCAUAGACGGCAAUCUGGCGGAUACCUUUGUGAGCGUGCGCGGGUGGGGCAAAGGGCUCCUGUGGGUGAACGGCUUCAACCUGGGCUGGUACUGGGCCAGCAUAGGGCCUCAGGAGGCGCAUUACAUCCCCGGGCCGCUGCUGCGCGAGGGAGAUAACGAAAUCGUGCUGCUCGAGGUGGAGGCAACGCCGUUGGACGCCACCGUGCGGCUUACGGGGCAGGCAGACUUCUACGGGCCAAGUUACGGCGCGAGGAGGGCGGGACCAGCGCGCCUGAGUGCCACGCCGUUUGACCGUUCUGUGUACAUGCCACAGGGUGUCACAACAUUGUCUCAGGGCGAGCCAGCUUCCAUGGCAGUGCUGCCUGCCUGAGUUCCUGCCAAGAGCUGACUCCCAUCACCAAAUCUUGUGCCUUCACAUGCGUGUUAGAUUAGCUUCGAGAAGGAAUUCCUUGUGGCUUCUCAGUUGUAGGAACCUUUGUUUGGACUGGCUGCUUACGUUUUCAAGGAUGCACCACCUUGUUUUACGCAAGCCCGUCUGUAAUCAUUAUGCGUUAUAC